CGGAAGUAUUUUUCUUUAACGAGUUUCAAUUAUUGCUCCUUAAAACAUUUCUUAUCAUUCUUGUGUUUACGUUGUUAUUGAUUUUUAUAUCUUGGCGAGUUUAUGGAAACCGGAUAUCUGAGCGGUUUAUGAAGCCCGCUACUUCAGCAACCAUAGCACAACUAAAGGAAAGUGUAUCCAAGCUUAAACUUCCGAAAGAACACACACCAAGAAUCUAAAAUGGCUGAGAAGAUUAAGAAAUUUUUUCAAAAAAAGAAAGCAGACGCUAAAUUCAAGUUAGCAGGCCCUGGCCAUAGGUUGAGUGAGUCCAGUAUAAGCAGCCAGUCUGUGGUUAGAAGGGAGGAACCAGCUGUGAAGAGGAGUGGCCUCUCAGAGGAGAGUAAAGUUGCUGCAGAGGCUGCUCUUGCAAGACUAUCUCAGAAAAGAGAUAACCCCGCUUUCAACACUUCUUUAGCUGCUAUUCGGGCGCAAGUCAAAAGGGAAUUGGAGAGUGAGACGGCAAACUCCAAAGGUAGUAAUGAACCCCUCCAAGUGGAAAAGAAGAUAGAGAUUGAAAAAGAAGUGCCGGGAAAUUUUGCAGCCUCUGGUGUUUAUUUCAAAUGUCCACUAAUUAGCAACGACAUACUAUCAAGAGAUGAGUGGAAACGCAACAUAAAAACAUUCCUAUACGAACAAUUAGAAGAGGAGCGAGGACUCACGGCGUGUCUUAUUAUCCAGUCGUGUAAUAAUAAUAGAGAAAAGAUUGAUACCUGCGUAGAGACACUAUGCAAAUAUUUGGAGAAUAUUGUGACAUACCCUGAAGAGGAGAAAUAUCAGAAAAUAAGAAUGUCCAACAGAGCGUUCACAGAUCGUGUGCAGCCAAUAGAAGGCGCUAUGGAAUUGCUGUUAGCAGCUGGGUUCGCUCAACAGAGGUUGUUCAACAAUGAAGGUGUCGAGGAGGACUUUCUUGUUUUCAUUAAGGACAAUGUGCCAUCUGUCGAGAGUUUGGUGACGUUAAUAGACGCGCUACGGUCAGCCGAACCCAUACAAUUGGAGCUGGAUAGAAACCUGCAAGUGUUGUUACCUUCUCAAGCGGCUAAUAAGGUGCAAUUACCUCCCUCCUUCUAUGCACUCACUCCGGAGGAAAUCAAGAGGGAACAACAGCUGAGGGCAGAGGCAAUAGAAAGAUCUCAAAUGUUGCGAACUAAGGCUAUGCGGGAAAAGGACGAAUUAAGAGAAAUGAGGAAAUAUAAAUUUGCCAUCAUUAGGAUACGCUUUCCUGAUGGGAUUUUACUUCAGGGAACAUUCUCAGUCUACGAACGCUAUCUAGACAUUCAUGAUUUUCUUCGCGAAAAUCUAGAACAUAGUGAUCUACCGUUUGUGCUAACCACGCCUACAGGUCAAAAACUAAAUUUAGACGAAAAUUCAAAUAAAACACUAAUUGAUCUCAGAUUAGUACCAACAAGUGUGUUAAAUUUCGCGUGGCAUUCGUCUGUCGCUGAAGAAAUUAACAACAGCCCUAAUAAAGACGUUUAUUUGAAGCCUGAAAUCAUGGUUCUAGUGCAAGAAAUAUAAUGAUUGACUCUUGAAAUAUUGAUUGUUCUUUUUUCUCCUUUGUAUGUUAAAUGGAAUAUUUCUUAAGAUAAAGUACAGUGUUUUACUGUUGCCUUUAGAAAGCCUUGGAGGUUAGUUUUCUAAUUUUGUAAAUGGAAUUGAGGACUUCUUUUGCAUUUAUAAAUUUUGAAGUAUGAAUGUGAAGUAGAAUUGAAGCGGAUUUAAAAUUUCAUUAUCAUUUGGUAGAUAGUACCAAAAAUCUGCAGAAAUGAGUUAAAUUUUUAAAGUGAUAACUUCUUAUACCGUUUCGUUACGUUACGCGUUACGGCGCCAGCAAGUUUAAGUUAUCACUUUAAGACGGCCCGAAACAAUUUUUUUUUUUAUAUGUGCUACCCUUUAAACACUUUGGUUUCUAUAUAAAGUAUUAUUUAUUUUAGCAUUCACAUCUAAUUUAUAAACGAAACAUUGAGAACCUUAUAUUUAUAUGUGUAAUCAAUCUAGUGGACUGUUUAUUCUUGUUAAUAAUUGAUAUAGGAAACAUGUAAUUCACUUUAAUCAUUACUCACAUUGAAAUCCAUGUUCCUUAUCACUGAACUAUUUUGUAAAUUAGUUAAUUAGUAGUAAUUAUAAUUCUCUCCCCACCACGGCCGUAGCCAGGGGGUCGUUUUAGAUGUUCAAUAUAAAAUAUUCAGAUAUAAUAAUUUAACGUGUGGGGCGUAUCUCAUUUACUACAUGUUUUUAGACUCUGGAUCCGUUGCCUGAUAAAGGACUGCCAAUAUUUCUUGCGAGAGCUUUUAUAAGGCAUAUAAGGAUUGUUUUAUGCAUAUUUAAUAGUUUAACUUUACUGAACUUCCCAAAACUUGACUGACUACUCCCCUGACCUAAUACAUGCACAUAAUGUGUAAUUCUUAAGAUGGUUGAAGAUUAAAAAGCUUCUAACUUAUUAUGUUCGUAUCAAAGUAAUUUGGUAAUAUAAUAUUGUUAUCUUUCACUAUUUUUGGUAAGCCGGAUGUUCAUAAUUGUGCAAAAUAAAUUUAAUAAUGUUA